UGUUUACUCCACCCCAGAACUUGCUGGUGUGAACACAAAGGUAUAUCUCUGCAGUGUUGUCGUAACGACGUUCAGGGCGUUUUAUCUCGACUACCGCGAUGUUACCAAAGGACCAUUCGCUGCUCUUGCGGAUUUUAGGUCUGGCUGUUCUCCUUAACCACUGUUACGGGAGCCAUAUCAUUACGACGCCUCGGAAAUGGAGUGUUGGGGAGGCCGCGCAGGUUUGCGCCUUUGUCACCGGUGCGACUGACGGAGAGAACGAGGUCAGCAUCCAAGUUACCGCCGAGGCCGACAGCACCGAGGUCUUGGUGUUAGGCCACAUCAUCAUUCCUCAAGGUGAAAAGGAACUGUGUAAUAGAAUAUUUGUGCCUGUAACUCUGCACAAACAGGGACUGAUUAAGGUCAACGGGACACUCGGUGGCCAGAAGGUUGAUUAUCAGAAGCCCAUAUUAUUUGCUACUGGCAUCAGGAAGACUUUUAUACAGACUGAUAAAUACAUUUAUAAACCGGGUCAAAAUGUGCAUUUUAGGAUUCUUACAGUGACAGGACCCUUCUUGAAAAUAUCAAAAGAAAGUUAUCCUCUGAUAUGGGUAGAGACACCAUCGUCAAGCCGCAUUGCCCAGUGGACCAAUGUGGAGAACUCGGCAGGACUUAUACAUCAGACAUUCAAACUUGUAGACGAAUCCGAACAGGGGACAUACAGGAUUAAGGUCCAGGCAGAAGAUGGUGGUCCAUCAACAACUAAGGAAUUCAAGGUGGAAGAAUACGUCCUUCCACGUUUUGAAGUCACUGUGGUGCCACCCAAAUAUAUACUGGCUACAGACACUGAAUUUACUUUCACUGUAUGUGCCAAAUACACUUUUGGACAGCCAGUCAAAGGCAAUGUGACUUUGGUGGUUCACAACUGUAAAUGGGGAAGUGAUAGGAAAACACACACUGUUACCAAUAAGAUAUCAGGCUGCAAAGAAAUAAAAGUGCUAGCUGAUUAUUUUGGGGAUAGUAGGUAUUAUGAAAUCAAGUUAAGUCUAACAGCAACUGUAACUGAAGAUGGAACAGGUGAAGAAUUCAAAGGUGAAGCAGUAGCUGCUAUUGAACGCAAAGCUCUGGAAUUUUUGUAUAUUGGCAAGGAAGAGUACUUUAAACCAAAUUUACCUUUCACUGGAAAGGUAAAAGCUGUGUUCCGAGAUAAAACACCAGCUGCAAAUGAACCUAUGAAUGUGUGCAUUAGUGGACAAUGCAGAAACAUGUAUACUUCAGCUGAAGGCAUUCUGGAAUUUGUUAUCCCAAAAUAUUCAGGUUCCAGUGUUAGGAUAAAAGCCAUCAAUUAUCCAGAAGUCAAACAUCCAUCAAUAAGAUGGCGUUCAAAAAUGUAUGAAUCAAGAUAUUCUCAUCAGUUGAAAAAAUAUUAUUCUCCUUCAAAUUCAUCUUUGGUGAUUCGUGUUCCUGGAAAUCAUCUGUCAUGUAAAAUGUCUGGCCAUGAUCAUGAUAUUCCAGUCCUUUUUGCUGCUGUGAAUCAGACAAGGGCUACAUUUACUGUUCAGGUUGUAUCACGAGGUCAGAUCCAGUACUCGAGUUCAGCAGAGUACGAGCUAUCAUCUGGUAACUUACCAAUUAAUGAAGACCAUCUAGUAGAACCCUUGCCACCUCCCCCAGAACAUACAGUUAUUGGAGUUAUUAACAUUCCAAUAAAGUUACCUCACACAGCCUCUCCCUCAGCCAAGGUUGUUGUGUGGUACACACGUCCAGAUGGUGAAGUUGUUUCAGACACUCAGAUCUUUGACAUAGGAAAAUGCUUGGAUAAUGAUGUGAAUCUUGUAUGGUCAGCUGCCAGAGUGCAGCCAGGAGAGCAGGCAACUUUAGAUCUGUCAGCUGCACCACAGUCUAUUUGCAGCUUAGGUGUGAUUGACAAAAGUGUUGAAUUACUGUCAUCUGAGAAUGAUCACGUAACACUUGAAAAGGUAUUUGAUAUUGUGGCGAAUGCUAUGGUCAAGGAUUGGGAGCUAAACCAGGUAGAUGACUAUGAGUACUGCAAAAAAAAGGUUAUGCAGGAUGACAGUAUAUCCAGAGACUCUUUGAACCCAGUGUUUAUCAAUGAUGAAAUUUAUUCAUUAUUCAAGCGCAAUGGGCUCCCAAUGAUUUUGACUGACUACGUUGAUGCUCUCAAAAUGUUUGAU